GGGGAAUGGCGUGAUUUUGGUCGUUCGUUUGUCGUGUUCGAAUCCUGGGAGUCCUGUCCCUGAGUUGCUCCUUCGCACGCUGCGCCUGUGCCUAGGAUAUGGAAGCCGUACUUUUGUAGAGUGAUGCGGGUGGGAGGCUGGUUGGCUGUGGCGGGGAUGAUCUCGGGGAACAGAAAUGCAUCAUUGCUGUAGCGUACGAAGGCUAGCGCUGAUUGGUGGGAGUUGUAGUGCCUGCAUGAUGUAGGAGAAGAGGGAGGACGGGAUACUUCUGUUGGGGCUGGCUGGAGAGAUUCAAAUCGAGCAUUGCAUGCCAGCAGGGCAAUUUGGAAUUUGGAGAAUCAUAGAGAGAAACGAGCGAGCAUGCACGCGGAAUCGUCUGCGUCGUGCUCGCCGAGGCCUAGGCCAAGGCCAGCGCGGAUAUCUUUCUCGACUGUGAAGUUACCAGUAUUGGAACCCAGGCCACCCGUUUCUUCCUCCCCGUAUUUGGCGUCUUCGUCUUCGUUUUUCUCGCGCGUGUCAAGGAAGAAGAAGAAUGAUGAAUCACAAAAUCCUGUGCAAAAUGUGGUGAGAUCAGCCGAGAACUUGUUGCAGAAUGCUUGGGCAAGAUGGGGUCCAGACGAGAAAAAGGUCGAGGAGUUUUUCAACAAAUUUCUAUUGGGUCAUAGGGAAAGGUGGGAAAACAGAUUUUUAUCCGGGGCAGCAAUCUGCUCCACUUCUCUUGCACUGGCUGACAAUAGAGAUUACAAAAGACCGGAGAAAAUUGCAGCUGAUAGGUUGCCAGGUGGUGGACAGGGAUCAAGCAGGAAAGGGCUUUCAGUACCCGCAGGUGCUGAGGACGAAGAAAGGGUUCUUAUCAGUGAAAUUCUGAUCCAAGACAAGGAUGGGCAAGAUUUAGAGGAUGCAGAGCUCCUGGCUACUGUUCGCUGUGCUCUGAAGGCGUGCAAACCAAACUUCGCCCUCACGACCAGUGAAGUGCAAGAAGAUGUCCAUAGGAUCAUCGAUACUGGAUUUUUCGCUUCUUGCAUGCCUACAGCGGAAGAUACUCGAGAUGGCGUCCGGCUCAUUUUCAAGGUAGAAUCCAAUCAGGAGCUGAAAGGCCUGGUGUGCAACGGUGCAAAUGUUCUUCCGACGAGGGUGGUGCAGGACGCAUUCCACGAUGAGUACGGGAAGGUUGUGAAUAUCCAGCGGCUAAAUAAAGUUCUGGAUACUCUCAAUGGGUGGUAUAGGGACAGAGGCCUUUUUGGGCAGGUUACUGACGUAGAGAUCCUAUCAGAUGGUAUCAUCAGAGUUCAGGUUGCUGAGGCAGAGGUCCAUAACAUCAAUAUCAGAUUUCUGGAUAGGAAGACCGGUGAGCCAACUACAGGCAAGACACAACCGGAAACUUUACUUCGGCAAUUGACGACCAAGAAAGGACAGGUUUACAGUUUGCAGCAAGGUAGAAGGGAUGUCGAGACUGUCUUUACUAUGGGUAUCAUGGAGGACGUGAAUCUUGUACCUCAACCUGCUGGUGACACAGGUAUGGUAGAUCUCACUAUGAACGUCGUCGAGCGUGUUACUGGAGGCUUUUCUGCUGGUGGAGGUUUAUCAGGAAAUGGCAUCACGAAUGGUGCCCUCUCAGGUCUUGUAGGAAGUUUUGCCUACUCCCACCGCAAUGCUUUCGGGCGGAAUCAGAAGCUGAACAUCUCUUUGGAACGCGGUCAAGUCGACUCAAUGUUUAGAGUGAAUUACACUGAUCCCUGGAUUGAAGGUGAUGAUAAGCGAACAUCUCGUUCGAUUAAUAUUCAGAAUUCACGGAGCCCAGGAACUAUUGUUCAUGGCAUAAGGCGAGAUGCACCAUCCUCGGUUCCCGUGCAUGGUGGUGUAACCAUCGGAAGGCUCAUGGCUGGUGUCGACUACAGCAGGCCCCUACGCCCGAAGUGGAGUGGUACUGCGGGUAUCAAUUUUCAGCGUGCUGGAGCCCGCGAUGAUCACGGGCAGCCUAAGGUGGUUGAUUUUUAUGGUGGCCCUCUGACAUUCAGUGGGCGCGCGUAUGAUGAUAUGCUUGUAGCGAAGCUGGAAAUAGUGUACACAGACUCUGGUGACAACGGUUCAUCUCAACUUGUUUUCAACACAGAGCAAGGGCUUCCUAUCGCGGCUGAUUGGCUCUUUUUCAAUCGGAUAAAUGUCCGUGCAAGGCAGGGUCUUCGAAUAGGCCCCAUGCGAUGUAUAGCCAGCUUUUCAGGUGGAAGUGUCAUCGGAGAUCUAGCUCCUCACGAGGCGUUUCCUAUAGGGGGUACCAACAGUGUUCGUGGUUAUGACGAAGGAGCCGUUGGCUCUGGUCGUUCGUGCAUUGUUGCCAGUGGUGAAAUAUCAUUGCCGUUGGUCGGGCCGGUAGAGGGAGCAGUGUUUGCUGAUUACGGCGGAGAUCUCAGAUCAGGGAAGACUGUGCCAGGAGAUCCUGCUGGACAGCGUUUCAAGCCAGGCAGUGGCUACGGAUAUGGAGCUGGUCUGCGCGUUGAUUCACCACUUGGACCCCUGCGGUUAGAAUAUGCAUUCAAUGAUCAGCAUGCUCGCCGGUUUCAUUUUGGCAUAGGCUACCGCAAUUAGUUUCAAGAGUUGAAGGCAAGGACGAUAUAUCUUUGAAGUAUUAGUGCAUUCAGUCUGUAACAAGCGAAAAUCACAAAAUUGUUUUGGCAAUCUUACACUUCAUGAAGUAGUUGUCGUCCGAGCUUGUCAUCAGGAUUAGGUCAUAUUGAACAUGGUUCACACCCCCUCUACCCCCUAUGGUAGUGUUUGUGAUGUGGCUGACCCUCUUAUGUAAAGGGUCGGUCACAUGCUUGUUUUAGAUAGAAAAUGAACGGUGAAAUUGUUUGCGAUCUCCACAGGAUGGAAUGAAGCCAAUGAGUAAAGAAAACAUUUGCUGC